AUGUCUGGUGGUUCGAAAACACUUGCUCAAACGUAUGGACCUCGUCCACAGAGUUUCGCCGUUGAUGAUUCCGGCGAAAAAUACUAUAUUGGUUCCGAAAUUGGAGCAUACCUUCGAUUGCAUCGCGGAACGCUUUAUAAAAAAUACCCGCUGUUGUGGAGAAAAGUGGCGACCGCUGAGGAUAAGGAGAAAUUAAAGAAAAUCGCUCUAUCGAAUGCAUAUCUUCACACGAAUAUUAUGCUUGUGAAAGCUCACGAAGUCGAUGAGCUUCUUGACGGACAGGAGGAGAAGUACCGAGCGGCGGGAUCAUCGGUGUCAACGCCGCGAGCAGAAGUCUCGAAAUCCAACAAAUCGCAGUCGGGUUGGGCGGGACAGCAAGUCAGCAGUGGAUCUCAUCAUCUCGAGUCGGUUCCAUGUUCCUGCCCAAUUGCUCAUGCUCGUGGUAGAAUAAAACAUAGAGAAUUGGUGUACUCUGCAGAAGAUUUGGAGAUGUCCAAGAGAGUUAUUGAAAAUGCCGAGGAACCUGAGGAUCUCGUCCCGAUUCGAUUGGAUAUGGAACUUGAAGGUGUGAAGCUCAGAGAUACAUUCACUUAUAAUAGAAAUGAAAAAUUGCUGACGCCUGAUGUGAUUGCCGACAUAAUGUGCGAAGACCUCGACCUUCCCGCCAACGUCUUUCAGCCCGCGAUCACAUCGGCGAUUCAUCAGCAACUAGAAGCUGCCGCUGAAGCGCCGCCGCUCGAUCCGAACACCGCUGAUCAGCGGGCAGUCCUCAAACUCAACAUCAAUGUCGGCAAUCAGAGUCUAGUGGAUCAAUUCGAAUGGGACAUGUCGGAUCCCGGCAAUAGUCCUGAAGAAUUUGCGCGUCAUUUGUGCAAAGAGCUUGGCCUCGGCGGAGAGUUCGCGUCGGGAAUCGCGUAUUCGAUUCGCGGCCAACUUCAAUGGAAUCAGCGGACGUAUGCGUUCUCCGAAAGCCCGCUGGCCACCGUCGAAUGCCCGUUUCGAAAUACGACAGAGGUCGAAUCAUGGGGACCAUUUUUGGAGACGCUCACCGAUGCGGAAAUCGAGAAAAAAAUGCGCGAUCAGGACAGAAAUACGCGACGAAUGCGUCGUCUUGUCGGCGGUUUCAAUUAUUGA